AUGAUAUUUUUCGCUCGUUCUGACCAGAGUGUCGUUACAAGUCUGCAUGAAGUGAUAAGAGUCUGGCGAAAUUUUUCUUUUUUUUCUCUUCUUUCUGCUGACAUUUCUUUCUUUCUUUUUCCAUUUUUAGAGCAUUUCGUUGAAAAUCAUUCUCUUGUUGUUACAACACUUUUACAUUCAUUCAUUCACCUUUUCUUUCUUUUUGGAUUUUCUUUUAAACUGUUCCUUCUUUCUUUCCUUUUAUUUUGCUCUUUUUGCCUUCACUUUUCUAGUCUUGCGCUUUUACUUUUCCUUAUAGCCUUUCUUUUACUUUGCCAAGAAAACCUUUUUCUUUCUUUUUUUCUUUCCUUGAUAUUUUCCCUUUUUUCUAGACUUUCCUUGUUUUUCUUUAAUCAUUCAUUCUUUCCAUAUUUUUUCUUUCUUUUACUUUCUAACCACCCUUCUACUAAUGUCUUGAAAUUUUUUCCUUAUUCUGUUUGUGUCUAUUAUACGUUUUUUUUUUCUGUUGUAAUUGUAAUAAUUUCUUCUUCUUCUUCUUCUUCUUCUUCUUCUUCUUCUUCUUCUUCUUCUUCUUCACUUUUCUUUCUCUCUCUCUCUCUUUUUGCUUUUGUCUUUCCCACUUCUCUCUUUCUAUUCCCUUUCAUUUUUACUUUCUCUUUUCUUUGUUUUUCUUUUCAUUGGCACAUCAGUCUUCUUCUUCUUCUUCUUCUUCUUCUUCUUCUUUUUCUUUUGCCAAGUGUAGAAAGAACCUUCCUUCCACCUUCCCGCUAUUUACUGCCCCGUCAUCAACAAGUGAUGGGUCGUUCGUCCUCCGUAAUUUUAUGCUCGCCUCUCUUCGUUUUCUUUCUUUCUUUCUUUCUUUCUUUCUUUCUUUCUUUCUUUCUUUCAAAUAGCUUUGAAUCAUUCCAUUUGAAUCGCCCCUUUCAACAAUACGGGCACCAGACCAAUGAUCUUCUCACUGACACCGCUUCCGGAAAUGUGAUAAUCACCGAAGAAUGA